AUGACUGCAUCAACAAGUUUAAAGCUGCGCCUCCCGGUGCUUGUGUUGGUGUUGGAGGUUGUCAUGAUAGCACUCUAUGCUGUGUUUGUCACUUAUGAUGACAAUGCCAACACUAAGCUGCAAAAUAAUGAGACCAGCCCAAUGGAAAACUUGCUGUAUCGUGACUACCCCUAUUUUGCUGAUGUGCAGGUGAUGAUCUUCAUAGGCUUUGGUUGCUUGCUGGCCUUUUUCCGCUUCUACGGCUUCAGUGGGAUGGUUUUCAACUUUCUUACAGCUACGUUUGCAAUCCAGUGGGCAAUCCUAAUCCAAGGUUUCUUCCAGUUUUACCAUGAUGGUAAAAUUUAUUUGGGUGUGAUCAACCUGCUGAAUGCAGAGUUUGCUUGUGCUGUGGUGCUCAUCUCUUUUGGAGCUGUGCUUGGAAAGACCAGUCCUGUUCAGCUCCUGAUCAUGGCUUUGCUAGAGAUCACUGUUUUUUCUAUAACAGAGUGGGCUGUACUGAAAUACAUCAGGAUCAAUGACGCAGGCGGUACUAUUCUUAUUCACCUGUUUGCUUGCUACUUUGGUCUGGGAGUGACAUUUGUGCUGUAUCGCCCACGCCUGAAUGAUGGACAUGCUAAAGAGAUCACUAGUUAUCACUCUGACAUCCUGUCAGUAAUGGGAACCCUUUUCCUUUGGAUAUUCUGGCCUUCAUUCAACUCUGCUCUCACAUUUAAAGGUGAUGAUCAACACAGAGCAAUACUUCACACCUUUAUAGGUCUAAGCUCAUCUACUAUGACAGCCUUUGCACUUUCUGCAAUGUUUAACAAGAGAGGCAAGCUCACCAUGGCUGAUAUUCAGAACGUGACUUUGGCAGGUGGCGUGGCUGUUGGAGCUUCUGUGGACAUGAUGAUUUCCCCAGUAGCCGCAUUUGCCUUGGGAGUCAUGGGCUGCAUAGCUUGCUUUUAUGGUUACAAGUACUUGACGCCCUUUUUGGCCAAACGAAUGAGAAUUCAGGACCAAUGUGGUAUUCACAAUCUCCAUGGGCUUCCUGGUCUGAUAUCAGCCACAGCCGGGAUCUGUGCCAUCCUACUGGCCACUGAGGAGACCUACGGGCCGAGCAUGUAUCAGAUCUUUUCCCAUCGUGCGCCACCUGAGGGCGAUCCAAAGUUGCUUGAGCUGCAGAAGCUGAUUCCUGGGCUGAAGCCAGGUCUCGGCCGUACAGCACAGGAACAGGCUCUCUACCAGGCUGCAGCUGUUUUCGCCACCAUUGCAGCUUCUACAGUUGGUGGACUGCUCACUGGACUGGUCAUGAAGCUGUCGUUCACGGCAUCACCAUCGGAUGAGGGCUGCUUUAAUGAUGACAUUUUCUUUGAUAUGCCGUCUGACUUUGACAGAGUAGAAGUACUUAAACCUGACAUAAGCUGUGAGGAAAAAGAGAAAAUUAGUUCCAUGAACACAAAUGUCUGA